AUGAAACCUUUAGAGACAAAGGUAGAAGCCAUUUCAAACUGGCCUACCCCUACCUCCAAGAAGAAAGUCAGAGCUUUCCUAGGACUAGCCGGUUAUUAUCGAAAAUUUAUUCCAAAAUCUAGUGAGUUAGCAGUGCCUUUAUCUGACCUAACUCGGAAGAAGGAGCCAGAUAACGUCAAAUGGACAGCAGCGUGUCAGCAGGCCUUUGAUGCCUUAAAAAGUGCCUUGACGUCAGGACCAGUCCUUAUUGCUCCUAAUUACGAUUGUGAGUUCACCGUCUUCACCGAUGUAUCCAAUGCCGGGAUCGGGGCCGUGCUGUGCCAACAGGGAGAGAAGGACGACCUGCAUCCCAUCACCUUCAUAAGCAAGAAAUUACUUCCAAGGGAAAGACAUUUUUCGACCAUCGAGAAGGAAUGCCUUGCCAUCGUGUGGGCAUUACAGAAACUGAAGCCGCACAUCUGGGGCCGAACUUUUAUCUUACGUACUGACCAUUCACCCUUGCUGUGGCUGAGAACAAUGAAGAAUAACAGUAAGUUGAUGAGGUGGGCACAACUGAAAAUGUGA